UCUUACUCUGGAACCAACUCCAACUUCUUCAAUCCUUAUUUUUUAGCCCUCAAAUUCUUUAUCUACUCAUUUCCAUAUGGCAACGGGUCGAAGAAACUCCAAUUCUCAGCUUUUGGAAGAACUGGAAGCACUGAGUCAAUCCCUCUACCAAUCCCACACCUCCACCACUCGGAGAACUGCUUCCCUUGCUCUUCCUCGUGAGUCGGUUCCCGCUAUUGAUGAAGUCCCCAAUGCUAAAUUCCAAGAUAAUAAGCAAAACGGCAACAGGCCACGCACUCGGCGUUUGUCCUUAUCACCCUGGCGUUCCGGUCCCAAAGCGGAUAACGAAACCGAUGACCGGGACAAGGCUAGGGGAUCGAAUCAGUUAGAAGCAACAGCAGUGUCAAUAGAAAAGAAAGGGAUAUGGAAUUGGAAGCCGAUUCGAGUGCUGUCACAUAUCGGGAUGCAGAAGCUGAGCUGCUUGUUAUCGGUUGAAGUUGUGACUGCUCAAGGCCUUCCUUCUUCAAUGAAUGGCCUGCGGCUCUCCGUUUGUGUUCGGAAGAAAGAAACCAAAGAUGGAGCUGUUAACACGAUGCCAUCAAGGGUAUCGCAGGGAGCUGCGGAUUUUGAAGAGACUCUGUUCGUUAGGUGCAAUGUGUAUUGCAGUUAUGGCAAUGGAAAGCAGAUGAAGUUCGAGCCCCGUCCGUUCUUGAUCUACCUGGUGGCAGUCGAUGCCGAAGAGCUUGAUUUCGGGCGGAACCCUGUGGAUUUGAGCCUGCUUAUACAGGAGUCCGUGCAGAAGAGCUAUGAAGGAACUCGAGUUCGUCAAUGGGACAUGAGUUUCAAGCUAUCAGGGAAGGCCAAAGGGGGUGAACUCAUUGUGAAAUUGGGAUUCCAGAUCAUGGAAAAAGAUGGAGGAACUGCUAUUUAUAAUCAAGCAUCUGGGGGUUUGAACUUGAAGAGUAGCAAAUCCAAGAAUUUUUCAUCCUCUUUCGCUCGAAAACAAUCGAAAACAUCUUUCAGUGUCCCUAGUCCGAGGAUUGACAGUCGAUCCGAAGCUUGGACACCUUCACAGGCAGGAAUGACAGCUGAUCUUCAAGGACUAGAUGACUUGAAUCUCGAUGAACCAGCAUCCGUUCCUUCUUUGUCUGUCGCCGUUAAGAAAUCAGAAGAGCCAGACAGGAUGGAAGAGAUUGACCUCCCGGAGUUUGAUGUUGAAGACAAGGGAGUUGAAAUCCAAGAGAAACAAACAGAAGAAGAAGAAGAAAAAGAACCCGAAGAAGCUUUGGAAGAUAAAUCAGCUUCAAGUGAGGUCGUUAAGGAGAUGGUGAAUGGACAGUUGCACCAGACAAGGUUAACCGAGCUUGAUUCAAUUGCACAGCAGAUUCAAGCUCUUGAAUCCAUGAUGGGGGAUGAAAAGAUUGUUAAAAUCGAUGAAGAAACGGAAUCACAACGACUCGAUGCAGAUGAAGAAACUGUCACGAGGGAAUUUCUGCAGAUGUUGGAGAAUGAAGGAAGCAAUGAAUUUAAACUUGAUCAAUCUGAUGUUCCACUUUUUCAACUUGAGAAAGAUGAAUCUGCUGAUGAAUCUGGUUCAAAGGUUUAUCUCCCAGAUCUAGGAAAGGGGUUAGGUUGUGUGGUUCAAACAAGAGAUGGAGGCUACUUAGCCGCCAUGAAUCCUCUGGAUUCCUUGGUUUCUAGAAAAGACACGCCAAAACUGGCAAUGCAACUGUCGAAACCAAUGGUUAUCCCAUCUGACAAAUCAUUGAGUGGUUUUGAACUGUUUCAGAAGAUGGCAGCCGUUGGAGUUGAGAAACUCAGCUCCCAGAUUUUAUCCUCCAUGCCCCUGGAUGAAAUCAUGGGUAAAACUGCAGAACUGAUCGCUUUUGAAGGAAUUGCUUCUGCAAUUAUCCAUGGAAGAAACAAGGAAGGCGCUAACUCGAGUGCAGCUCGCACCAUCGCUGCAGUGAAAAGCACAGUGAAUGCGAUGAACACCGGCAGGAAAGAAAGGAUCGCAACUGGGAUUUGGAAUGUGAAUGAACAUCCAUUGACGGCAGAGGAAAUUCUAGCAUUUUCUCUGCAGAAGAUCGAGGGAAUGGUGGUUGAAGCCUUGAAAGUACAGGCAGAAAUGGCAGAAGAAGAACCUCCCUUUGAUGUUUCCGCCCUCACUGGAAAGACAACAACACAAGAUCAUCAACCGCUGGCUUCUGCAAUCCCACUUGAGAAUUACACCGCGAAUGCUUGCCAAACUCAGCUAGGAGACCCUGAAACACUGAUGCUCGUGUUGGUCGUGCAGCUACGGGAUCCCAUAAGGCGAUACGAGGCGGUCGGAGGCCCUGUAUUAGUGCUCAUUCAUGCAUCAGGCAGCGACACCAAAGCAGACGAGAACGACGAAGAAAAGAGGUUCAAAGUGACUAGUUUACAUGUGGGAGGCCUGAAGGUGCCAACAGCAGGAAAAAGGAACGUAUGGGACAGUGAGAGGCACAGGCUAACCGCCAAGCAGUGGUUGGUGUCGUACGGUUUGAGCAAGCCUGCGAAGAAAGGAAAACAUGUAUCCAAGGGGCAAGAUACUUUGUGGAGUCUUUCCUCGAGAGUAAUGGCAGACAUGUGGCUCAAAACGAUGAGGAACCCGUAUAUCAAGUUCCCAAAGUGAAAGAGAUUUUCUGGAUAUGAAGAGAGCUUGGAGCUAGCAGAUGGUUCUUGAGUUCUUGUCAAAUACUGAAGCAUCAUUACCUUUUCAUUCAAGUUUGGAGUUUAAUAAAGCUUUUCUUAAUGAUCUUGUAAGUAACUUGUUUGAAGACUUGUAUAUGUACAGUAGUAAGAUACAAUUUUAUUUGUUCUCGUUUCAGUUA